CUGUAACCGCCCCCCUGCUUGCCGCCUUUCGGGAGCCUGGGAUUAUGGCUGAUCCCCGCUCCUGAAAGGCGGCGACUUUCCCUGGGCGAAACCAGGGGUGCCCACUAGUUACCGUCUUCUCUCUUGGCCGCCAUCUGGAAAUGUCUUCCGACAAGCCUACCCGUUUACUUUUCCUCUUUUCCCGGCUGAGACCUUAGGAUUUUGAAAGAAACCGAUUUAAGUAUAUAUUCUCAGGAACCUGAAUUGGUUGCCAAGAAUGCUGAGUCACACCCCCGAUGAGGAGGAUUUUCAGCAGGAAGAAAUUUGCUCCUUCGCGUGCCUUCCUGUAACAGAAAACGUGACCGUUGCAGUAGGGGUCGGAGGUCAGAGCGAGCGUCUCGCGGGCCGUAGGAGGAAGAUGGCGGUGGAGUCGCGCGUUACCCAGGAGGAAAUUAAGAAGGAGCCGGAGAAACCGAUCGAUCGGGAGAAAACGUGCCCGCUGCUGCUGCGUGUUUUCACCACCAAUAACGGCCGCCACCACCGAAUGGACGAAUUCUCCCGCGGAAACGUACCGUCCAGCGAACUGCAGAUCUACACUUGGAUGGAUGCAACUUUGAAAGAACUGACUAGUUUAGUAAAAGAAGUCUACCCAGAAGCUAGAAAGAAGGGCACACACUUCAAUUUUGCAAUUGUUUUUACAGAUCCUAAAAGGCCUGGCUAUCGAGUAAAGGAGAUUGGCAGCACCAUGUCUGGGAGGAAGGGGACUGAUGACUCCAUGACCCUGCAGUCGCAGAAGUUCCAAAUAGGAGACUAUCUGGACAUAGCAAUCACCCCUCCAAAUCGGGCACCGCCUCCUUCAGGGCGCAUGAGACCAUAUUAAAUUUUAUUUACUAUUCCUUGAAUUAUUUUUCGUUCAGUUGUGUAAAAUAAACUUUUUCCUCCCCUCGUCA